UUUUGGUGGGGGCGUGGAACUGGGGACUACAUUAUAUACACUGUUAUUUUAUGUGUUGGAAUAAGAAAGAGUUAAUUGGCACAUAAUUGCAUUCAGAAACAAUCCGAAUUUGCAUGAAUCCCCACCUCAAUUAACCCGGUCGCCGUACAUUUGGCAAAGCGCCAUCGCUAACAUGAAAUAUACACUUUUAAGACUUGAAAAACACAUUUCACACCAUACAAAUACAACGUUGUAAAAAAUCGUAUUUAAUGUAUUUUACUUACUCCGUCUGCCUCCGGGGUAUUUCAACCUGUUAUUGCUGUAAGAAACACACCCAACGGUGGCUUUGUAUUCCAAAUAUGAGCGUAGGCAUUUUACAUUAAAUAUCUAUCGCUCUAUUUUUAUUUUCUUUAGACUGAUCUAUUCUAAUAUCCAAAAACAUUUCCACAAUGGCACUCCAAACUACCCAUAAUUAGUUCCUUUGUGCAACAUGUUUCUUCCGGAACCAUGCACAGACGGACCAUCUCAACCAGGAAGCGGACAAUAACACGAGAGCGAUGCCUGACAUUGCCUGCUAGGGUCAAACAGAGAAUGAUCCCCCGAGAAACACCAUGCUUCCAUCCAAACUGACCUGCCAGGCUACGCUGAACGCUCUGAGGAUAUUCCGGUAUUCCACCUGCCUCUCCAGCACCAUCUCCCACACGGAAGAAAGGCUGUCCAGAGGCUGUCUCCGCUCAAGUGUUGGUCCCGGCCUGAGAUUCAUCCGAUCAUCUGUUGAUGAAGCACAGCAUCAUGGAAGAAGAUCAUUCGGGGUGUCGGCUGCUGCAAUUGUGAACGCAGCCCCGGCGCCUGUCCAGCCAUACCUCCGUUUGAUGAGGCUGGACAAACCAAUAGGAACGUGGCUGUUGUACCUCCCGUGCACAUGGAGCAUCGCGCUGGCUGCAGACCCGGGAUGCUUUCCGGACCUGGGAAUGCUGGCCCUCUUUGGGACAGGUGCUCUGGUGAUGAGAGGAGCAGGCUGUACCAUCAAUGACAUGUGGGAUAAAGACUUUGACCAGAAGGUUACCCGGACGGCCACUCGCCCCAUUGCAGCGGGGCAGAUUACUCGCUUCCAGGCUUUGGUGUUUCUGGGAGGGCAGCUGUCUCUCGCUCUUGGGGUUCUCCUCUGCCUCAACUAUUACAGCAUCGCUCUGGGCGCCGCCUCCUUGUCUCUAGUCGUCACCUACCCUCUGAUGAAGAGGAUCACGUAUUGGCCACAGUUUGUGCUUGGUCUCACCUUCAACUGGGGGGCGCUGCUCGGCUGGUCCGCCAUCAAGGGCUCCUGUGAUUGGUUCGUGUGUCUCCCGCUGUACUUCUCCGGGGUGAUGUGGACGUUGAUCUACGACACCAUUUACGCGCAUCAGGACAAGGAGGAUGAUGUCAAGGUGGGCGUCAAGUCGACCGCACUGAGGUUCCGGGAGCAGACCAAACCCUGGCUGAGCGGCUUCACGGCAGCCAUGAUGGCAGGCCUCGUCGUGGCCGGGGUCCAUGCGGAGCAGACCCUCCCUUACUAUGCCGUCCUCGCCACUGUGGGGGUUCACUUAUCACACCAGAUUUACACUCUGGACAUCAACAAGCCAGAAGACUGCUGGAAGAAGUUUGCAUCCAACAGAAACCUCGGGCUGUUGUUACUUUUAGGCAUCGUUGCUGGUAACCUGUGGAAAGAAAGGACAGAGACAGUACUAUUAUAAACACGUCAGUGUUUAUCAUAUUGUAAAAAAAGAAAGCUCUUAAACACAUUUGUUAAUUAUGUGAAUUAUCAUGAAAUUAAAGCCAAUAUUAGUUCCAUCUGAACAGUCUAAUGACGUCCAACAGAAGUAGUAGGUGUUUUUCCCCCACCACUAGGGGGCAGAAAGGUGCCAAAACAAGUUACUGAGUUACUGUAAGUUCAUACAGUAGCGCUUCUGUUAAAGAUCAGCUACUUAUUACAUUUUAACCACAAACAAUCCACCAAACAUGCUCAUAAAUGUCUAGAAGUGUCCUCUUUUGUGCCACAGAGCCUUCUUCAUAUACUUGGAUUGUGUACACUCGGAUGAUGUUUAUUAUAGCGGAAGGUACACAAUCGUGUUUUGGUCUACCCUCAUAAAAAAGGGGCUAAAAGCAAAAAAUCUCCACACUUUAGCUUCAUAGUUAAAAGUGUUUUUCAACUAUUUUAGAUUGUCAAAAGUCCACAUAAUAAAAACAGUCUCAGUCUCUUCUAGCAAAAAUUGCACUUGAAUAAAUUCACAAUUAUAACCAAAACAAUAACAAAAUAAAGCCUGUCUGUCAGGAAUAAAACAGCCCAAUGAAAACCACACACAACAGUAAAAACAAAUAAAAUGGAAAUUGCACUUGAAUAAAUACUGACCAUUGCUAUAUUUCCUCAGCAGGUCAACAAAAAGUGCAAACUAGCCACAGGCCAUAUGAAAAUGUGCAGCAACUUCAUUUGACUGAUUCACAGCAAGAAACACAAACAGGCUGAUGGGUGGUUUAAGGCGGGAUCUCUCUGAAGUAGCAAUGUUAGCAGCUGUGCUAAACAUUCUCUCAGAGCUGAAUUGCUGUCUGCGACAUGUAAUUCCUACUGUCAGUCAAACAUUUCUAACAUAUCCCAAAAUGUUGGCUUUUCUACUGUAUUGAAAGGUUGCAUUUCUUUUGCAGUGUAGUGAGCAACACUGUCUGUGAGCGCGCACCAUUUCCUGCAGUUUUGUUUUGCUUUGUUUUGUUUUGCCAUCGGUAUGAAUACCUCCAACGCUAUUUUACUUUUUUUUCUCAGUUGGGAAAACUGGCCAGAAUGUUGUAUUGCCCUUCUUCCUUGGAACAAAUGUGACAUAUCGGUUUGUUGGUGCUCAUGCACGCAUCUUGUCCAUUCUGUUUAAAACUGAAAUAUUCCCACAUUUGCUAACUUGCAGAAUUUUGUGUAUCCACUCACUACUAGCUCCGCCUCCACGUACUGGGACCAAGAUGCUGAAUGUUCACUCUCGCCAUUCAUU